AUUGGCCUGAUAAAUAACCCAUGACCACAAGCCCACUUUGUUUCGUUUCGUUUCCCUUCUCUGUAUCCCGCCAAAACGAGAGGAGAAUUUUCGCACACAUAACACAUUUUAUCGGCGGAGAACAACGGUCGGUUCUCUUACCGAUCGGCGAUGUACGGAACACAUGGAGAGAGCGCGAGCAGAAAGAAGCAACACCACCACUACGCAAGCGACGACGUCGUUAACAUAUUGGCCACAUACUGCCCUUCAAACGAGUUGGCUGUCGACGAAGAAAAGCUGAUGCUCACUAGUCAUCUCAUUCACUUCUUUAGCAGUACUCCUCCUGGUGAGGAUCUCGCUUCUCAGGUAAAGGAUAAAAAUGGAGCGUACUAUUUGUCUUUUGAUUUUCAACAAUUUCAAAAUAUACGUGAACUUGAGGAAUUCUAUGCAACUUUAGAAGAGAAACCUAAAGUAGCUCUCUCGUGCAUGGGGGCUGCAGUUCACAAGGUGUUUUUGAGCAAAUGCGAGGACAACUUCUUAGAUGAUGGCAUGAAGAUAAACAUCCGUCUUCACAACUACCCUGAAUCUAUGAUUGCUUUGAAGAACCUUAAAGCAGCAUAUAUUGACAAGCUUGUAUCUGUGCGGGGGAGUGUGGUUAAAGUUAGCAAUGUGAGGCCACUAGUGGUACAAAUGAAUUUCAACUGUGCGAAGUGCAAAUACAGCAUUUCACGUAUAUUUCCUGAUGGAAAAUUUUCACCUCCAACUGUUUGCUCUUUAAAUGGGUGCAAGAGCAGAACUUUCAAUCCAAUUAGAUCUUCUGCUAGAGCCAUAGAUUUUCAAAAAAUAAGGCUACAGGAAUUACUAAGAUCUGAAGAUCAUGAAGAAGGACGGGUGCCACGAACAGUGGAAUGCGAAUUGACUGAAGAUCUUGUUGAUGCAUGCAUCCCUGGAGAUGUGGUGACUGUCACUGGCAUUAUAAAAACAUUCAAUAGCUAUUUGGAUACAGGAGGAGGAAAAUCAAAAAACAAAAAUCAAGGAUUUUAUUAUUUGUAUCUAGAAGUGGUCUCUAUAAAAAACUCGAAGUUGCAAUCUACAUCUGACAAUUUGCAAGAUUCCAAAUGUAAUGCAAGAGCUACAGAACUGUCUGAUCUGUUCUCAUUCUCUCCACGAGAUCUGGAAUUUAUUGUGAAGUUCUCAGAAGAACAUGGUUCAGAUAUCUUCCGGCAAAUACUUCAGUCAAUAUGUCCGUCUAUCUAUGGACACGAGCUUGUUAAAGCGGGGAUAACAUUAGCACUGUUUGGAGGUGUCCGGAAGCAUUCAAUGGAUCCGAAUAAGGUCCCUGUCAGAGGAGACAUCCAUGUUAUAAUUGUUGGUGAUCCUGGACUAGGCAAGAGUCAAUUACUGCAAGCAGCAGCAGCUGUUUGUCCACGUGGCAUUUAUGUGUGUGGCAACGCUACAACUAAUGCUGGGCUCACUGUAGCUGUGGUCAAGGAUGCCAAGACAAGUGACUAUGCUUUUGAGGCUGGGGCAAUGGUGCUCGCAGACAGUGGACUCUGUUGUAUUGAUGAAUUUGAUAAAAUGUCUGCAGAGCAUCAGUCUCUUCUAGAAGCUAUGGAGCAGCAAUGUGUCUCUGUUGCUAAGGCUGGUCUCCUUGCAAGUUUAUCAGCACGAACUUCUGUUUUAGCAGCAGCAAAUCCUGUUGGUGGUCAUUACAACCGUGCAAAGACAGUGAAUGAGAACUUGAAAAUGAGUGCUGCUCUUCUCUCACGGUUUGAUUUGGUUUUCAUAUUACUUGACAAACCUGAUGAAGUGUUGGAUAAAAGAGUCUCAGAUCACAUCAUAUCACUUCAUGCUGGAUAUGGAGAAUAUUCACCAGCAGCCAAAAAGUUACGGACAGCAUCACUGCAUGGAAGCAUAGAUAUGAGUGUAAGAAAUGGAUCCUUGGUUUCACGGUUGAGACUGGACCCAAAGAAGGAUGCUGAUUUUGCUCCAUUACCUGGUCCACUUCUUCGCAAAUAUAUUGCUUAUGCUAGAACUUAUGUCUUUCCUAGGAUGUCAAAACCAGCAGCAGAAAUACUACAGAAGUUCUAUUUGCAGCUUAGAGACCACAAUACAUCAGCUGAUUGUACACCAAUAACAGCAAGGCAACUGGAAAGUUUGGUGAGGCUGGCUGAAGCUCGAGCUCGGCUAGAGUUGAGAGAAGAAGUAACGGCCCAAGAUGCAACGGAUGUGGUUGAAAUAAUGAAAGAAUCCCUAUAUGAUAAAUAUGUAGAUGAGCACGGCGUUGUCGAUUUUGGUCGAAGUGGGGGGAUGAGUCAACAAAAAGAAGCGAAACGGUUUCUAAGUGCCCUCAAUAGGCAGUCAGAGUUGCAGCGAAAAGAUACCUUUUCAAUUUCUGAAAUAUACAGUUUAGCAGACAGAAUUGGCCUAAGAGUUCCAGAUAUCGACACAUUUGUGGAUAACUUAAACAGUGCUGGUUAUCUACUCAAGAAGGGACCGAAGACAUUUCAGGUGCUAACAUCUUCUUACUCCCGGAGUCAAUCAUCAAGGGGGUAAGUUUCUUAAAGAAACCGAACAAAUUUUGAUUUUUCACUGGAACUGGGAGUUUUCUUUGUUACUCUACCACAUAGAGCAGGGACAUCGUUAUGAACUUCACUCGGUGCCUGCUAUACAACCGACCAUAAGCUCAUGCGACUAUGUCUAGUUAAAGCGUGAAACUCUUGAUUCUAGAUAUGCAAAAGAAUGCCAUGUUGUUUUAUGGGUUUAAAAGCAGGAAAUCUAAAUUCCCUUCUCUGAA